UUUCUCUCCCCAGCCGGAGCCUCCCUUUUGGUAUUUUCGGGAGAAGCUACCGCGUUUUCCUUUCCGUCCACUUUAAUUGAGCAUCUACGAUGUGCGGGCGAGUCAGACUCUUGAAACGGUUACAACACACAACGUGAGAAAAGCUCGAGUAGAGCGGUCCAAAGUGGAGAGAGCGCAGGGAGGGGACCGGGAAGGUCUGUCUGCGAGAGGAUGCCCGAGAAUGCGGCGGGGAGCCUGGGCCGCGAGCGAGCGCUGAGCCGGCGCUGCGCACCGGCCGGGCCAGCACCGCGGGAGAGAAGGUCGCAGCAAAGCCCGCAGAGACAAAUCGAGGUCGGGGCUCGGGGCUGCCCUGCCAAGACGUUUAGGAACGAGCAGCCUUGUUUUUGAAACGAUGUGCACGCAGACUGCUGGACGAGGCUGUGAGAGGAAGUCUGGCCGAUCUGAGCUGGCCAGCCGAGCACAUCUGGAAGUGGUUUCAGCGCCCGCCUGCCUCACUCUGCCAACGCAACAACUGGAUUCCCGGCUGCUUCGCGCAGGGGUGGAGGAAACUCAAGCUGCUCCAAAGUCAACGCAAGCAAAGGGGGUGUGGGUGGGGGAGGAAUAGUCUCUUGGAAACGUAAUGUUGGCCUUGGGGCUCUCCAACCCGCUGGGCUUUCCAAUGGGAUCUUAGAAGCAGCCGAAGCAGCAUGAAGGGCAGCAGCUCAGAGUCAGCCACGAAUUGAAUGCUCUGCCCUGCAGCUCUUCUGGACGGAGGAGCCCAAAGCCCUACCCUCACGAUUCACCAGGUAACGGUUCUUACCCACGUGAACACACAUGGCUCUGUUACGAAAAAUUAAUCAGGUGUUGCUGUUCCUUCUGAUUGUGACUCUUUGUGGGAUUCUGUAUAAGAAAGUUCACAAGGGGACUGUGCUCAAGAAUGCAGCAGAUGAUGACUCCGAGACUCCUGAAGAAAUGGAAGAGGAGAUUCCUGUGGUGAUCUGUGCAGCGGCAGGGAGGAUGGGAGCUGCUAUGGCUGCCAUCAACAGCAUCUACAGCAACACGGACGCCAACAUUUUGUUCUAUGUAGUCGGACUCCGGAAUACUCUGUCUCGAAUACGAAAAUGGAUUGAACAUUCCAAACUGAGAGAGAUAAACUUCAAAAUCGUGGAAUUCAACCCUAUGGUUCUCAAAGGGAAGAUCAGACCAGACUCAUCGAGGCCUGAACUGCUCCAGCCUCUGAACUUUGUUCGAUUUUAUCUCCCUUUGCUUAUCCACCAACACGAGAAAGUCAUCUAUUUGGACGAUGAUGUCAUUGUACAAGGUGAUAUCCAAGAACUGUAUGACACGACCCUGGCCCUGGGCCACGCAGCAGCUUUCUCAGAUGACUGCGAUUUGCCCUCUGCUCAGGACAUGAACAGACUUGUGGGGCUGCAGAAUACAUACAUGGGCUAUCUGGACUACCGGAAGAAGACUAUAAAAGACCUUGGCAUCAGCCCCAGCACCUGCUCUUUCAAUCCUGGUGUGAUUGUUGCCAACAUAACGGAAUGGAAACAUCAGCACAUCACCAAACAAUUGGAGAAAUGGAUGCAAAAAAAUGUGGAGGAAAACCUCUACAGCAGCUCCUUGGGAGGAGGGGUGGCCACCUCCCCAAUGCUGAUUGUGUUCCAUGGGAAAUACACCACAAUCAACCCCCUGUGGCACAUAAGGCACCUGGGCUGGAGUCCACAUGCCAGAUAUUCGGAGCAUUUUCUGCAGGAAGCCAAAUUACUCCACUGGAAUGGAAGACAUAAACCUUGGGACUUCCCCAGUGUUCACAACGACUUAUGGGAAAGCUGGUUUGUUCCUGACCCUGCAGGGAUCUUUAAACUCAAUCACAAUAGCUGAUAUAACUCAUCAUUUAAAAUAGUCCCUGUAUAAAAUGUGGAAUUGUCCCUUUGUAGCCUACUAUUAACACUGUUCUUUAUUAACAGUACCUUUGAUACAUGUAUGAUCCUCAAUAUAAAAAACAAAAACUACUGUGUGCAAAUUGUACCUUGGACCAUACAGGUAUUGAUUUACUUCUUUAAGUACAAGUGGUAAUUAUGAAAAUCAAGAUUAUGUGUGUGAAAUGUGUUGUUGGAAAGAAAUAAACACAGCUAGAUAUCAGCAAUCAAUUUGCUUAACACUGAAUGACAAUUAUAUCCACAAUGUUUUUAAAUUUCUAAAUGUGUUUUCACAUGCAGGCAUUUUUUUAACAAGUUGCCAAUCUUGUCUUUUACAAAACUAUUACACAUUUAAAACAUGAAUGUCUGAAAAAAUAAAAUAUUCAUAGACUUUUAUGAUUUUC